GAAAGAAAGGAGUGGUUUGAGACUUGAGAGUACUUCCCCAGCAGUGUGACUCAUCCGCUCUGAUACAUACAGCUAUGGAUCCCCUCUCCCUGCUGUUACAACCGCCUGUCUUCUACCCGGUUGUUCCUUAUGCAUGUACAAUAUUUGGGGGUCUACAACAUGGACGAAUGAUCCUUGUACAAGGAACCGUUGGCAUCAGUGCUGUUAGGUUCCAAAUUGACUUUCAGUGUGGUUGCAGCACUCGUCCUCGCUCUGACAUUGCCUUUCAUUUCAAUCCACGCUUUUCUUCUUCUGAUGCACAUGUAAUCUGCAAUACGCUACGCAAAGACCAGUGGCUGGAUGAAUCGAAGUUCUCAGGAUUGCCACUUCGAAAAGGAGAGUCUUUUGUGCUCCUUUUCCUUUUUCUUGCUGAUAAAGUAAAGGUCAGUGUUGGUGGACAGCAUUUCCUGGACUUCCAUUAUCGUCUUCCGCUCCAGGAUGUGGACACAUUAGGGAUUUCUGGAGAUGUCACUGUGAAAGAGAUCUCAUUUCUCAGCAGUAAUCCUUAUCACGAUACCAUGACAGAAUACCCGCUGUGCCAGCCGUUAAAACCUGGAAAUUUAGAUCUGCAGAAUCUUCCCAUCUCUAAGAGAUUGCCCUUGGGCUUGUCUGAAGGCCACAUGAUCUUGGCACGUGGUUUGGUGACUGGUAACCCAGAAGAGCUAACUUUCUCAUUGAAAUCUAAAAAUCUCAUCCCUUUUAAACUGACUGCAAGUUUCAAAGAUGAAUCUUUGUACUACAACUACUGCAUAGGAGAGUCAUGGGGAGACCCACAAAAAAUCCAGACUCCUUUCUUUGUGUUUCAUGCAGAGAGAUAUUUUGAGGAUUUGUAUGGUAUGCAGCUUAACAGGAUCUUUGCCAUGUAUACGAUUCUAGUUCUUCCUGAAUCUGGUGUGUUCAGGCUAGCCAUCAACGGGACCCCACUUGGCGACUUCUGUCCUCCUGCACUAGAUCUGAAAUCCAUUGAUGAGUUCCAGAUAAAUGGUAUUGGUAGCGCUCUGAUAUAUUCUGUAAAAUGCUGAUUCUAUGUAUCAGUACAGUCCGUCGCCUAAAUGUGGCUUCAUCAAUGAAGACUUCACUUGAUAGUCAAAUAAAAUUGUACAAAGCUGCAAACUCAGCCAUGAAACCACUUGGACCAUCUGGAUUGUUCUCUUUGAACUUCACACUGUUCAAUAUUUGCAACUAAAAGUAUUAUGCACAAAGCUAUGCUACAUCAUUUCAUUCCACUUCCAUGUAAACCUGUUCAUGUCACUGAAUACAGUCCUGUCGAGGACUUUUGGUGAGGAUGUUCAGGUACAAUUUCAUGAUGUGCCUUUGUAAGAUCUGCAAUAAUUUUUCAUUUUCUCAAGCAAACUACUUACCAUGACCAAGAAAAUACAUAUACAGUAGAUACAUGUGCCAAUUAUCAUGGGACUGCCAUCUCUGCCUAGGAAAUAAGAAGAAGAUAAAAGCAGCCGCUGGAUCUCCUCCGUGGUUCUUCUGGUCUGUUUAUUAGUUUAACUGCAUUCAUUUUGUACCCGAUGGAAAAAUAACUGAAAUUGACAGCCAAAGGCCCAAAUUUUUAUAAAUCAAACCCAUUAUCUAUUGCGUAGAAGAUCCUAUAAGCAUUAUAGGUAUAUUUUUCCAACGUUACUUAACAAUGUAUAAUGGGUAGAGGCAAUAAAUCCUAAAUUUUGUGGAUAGAUUUUCACUUGUGUAUCAGCUAAGAAACAGUUAAGUAUUUUUCUGCUUUGUCACACUGUCCCCAAUUCCCAGUUAAUCAUCCUUAAUCGGCUCAGUACUCCUCACAAGAGAGCGUGCUGCUUAACCCUUUGUUCACUGGCAAAGGUCCUAUGCUAUGGGAUUACAGCAGUGCAAUGCUGGCAGCAUGUCUCCACACAUUGUCUGCGUCAUAUUAUGUUCACCUACCGGGCUGAAGUAUAACCCAUAUCAAAUGCUGUAUGACUGAAAUUUAUUUGUAUUUCAUUGGGUGCAUUUUAUACCUGGAAUUGGAAUUUGCCUUUGAAAAAUAUAUUGGUGCUUGGUAAUAAAUGAGUUAAGUGAA